UACCAAACGGUCGUUUCACGGAUCCGAAAUCGCGUCGAACUUUNAUCUGCGUAAGGAAGCUGCUGAAAUACAAAAUGAGAAUUUGAACGAUAUCAGUAUGGAAUUGUGGCGUAAAGCUCUUCAAGAGGAGGCUGACAAAUACAUCGAAAGUCAUUAUCAAGAAACGGGAACGGCUACAGUCUUUGUCAAUAACGGUGUAUUUGUGCUGUGUAUUGAAAGUCAUCGCUAUCAACCAAAGAAUUUCUGGUGA